CUCUCAUAUUUGCCCUCACCGGCGCGCUUCCUCUCUGCUACGUUGCCGCCUUCCUCAACUCCUCCCAAUUCCAGCCUUCGAAGAUCUGAGGAGUUUGGGGAAUCCUCACCCCAUAAUCCACUCCCACAAAUACUCUUUUAUACUUGCCGCUUCUUCUACUCCCUGUGAAAGGUUCGAACUUGAUUUUACAAUCAUGGCUGGCGUAGCACCAGAAGGGUCACAAUUUGAUGCUCGUCAAUUUGAUGCUAAGAUGAAUGAAUUACUUGGAAAUGAAGGGCAGGACUUUUUUACUAGUUAUGAUGAAGUUUAUGAAAGCUUUGAUGCUAUGGGAUUGCAGGAGAACCUUCUGAGAGGCAUUUAUGCUUAUGGUUUCGAGAAGCCCUCUGCAAUUCAGCAAAGAGGGAUUGUUCCUUUCUGCAAGGGUCUUGAUGUGAUUCAGCAGGCACAAUCCGGAACUGGGAAGACUGCUACUUUUUGUUCUGGAAUUUUGCAGCAGCUUGAUUACAGCUUAGUUGAAUGCCAAGCACUGGUUCUUGCUCCUACUCGUGAACUUGCACAGCAAAUUGAGAAGGUUAUGAGAGCACUGGGUGACUAUCUUGGUGUCAAGGUUCAUGCUUGUGUGGGUGGCACCAGUGUUCGAGAAGACCAACGUAUCCUCUCAAGUGGGGUGCAUGUUGUUGUUGGUACGCCUGGUCGUGUGUUUGACAUGCUUCGGAGACAAUCUCUCCGUCCUGAUUACAUUCGAAUGUUUGUGUUGGAUGAGGCAGAUGAGAUGCUUUCUCGGGGUUUCAAGGAUCAGAUCUAUGAUAUUUUCCAGCUGCUGCCACCAAAAAUUCAGGUUGGGGUUUUCUCCGCCACCAUGCCCCCUGAGGCUCUUGAGAUUACAAGGAAGUUCAUGAAUAAACCUGUGAGGAUCUUGGUGAAGCGUGAUGAGCUUACCUUGGAAGGGAUCAAGCAAUUUUACGUCAAUGUUGAGCGGGAGGAAUGGAAGCUGGAGACACUUUGUGAUCUUUACGAGACUUUGGCAAUUACCCAGAGUGUUAUCUUUGUGAACACCAGGCGCAAGGUGGAUUGGCUUACGGAUAAGAUGCGCAGCCGUGAUCACACUGUUUCUGCAACCCAUGGAGACAUGGACCAAAACACCAGGGAUAUCAUCAUGAGGGAAUUCCGUUCUGGAUCUUCUCGUGUUUUAAUCACCACAGAUUUAUUGGCCCGUGGAAUUGAUGUCCAGCAAGUUUCGCUUGUGAUUAAUUACGAUCUUCCAACCCAGCCAGAGAACUACCUGCAUCGAAUUGGUCGUAGUGGUCGGUUUGGAAGGAAGGGUGUUGCUAUUAAUUUUGUGACGAAGGACGAUGACAGGAUGCUGUUUGACAUUCAAAAGUUUUAUAAUGUGGUGAUUGAAGAGCUGCCAGCCAAUGUUGCUGAUCUCCUUUGAAUUGCUUUUGCUGUGGAGGUCGUGCUUCAGGAUUUAUUUAUCGUCCGGGGCCUCUUGCUGGUAUGAAUUGAACUUGUCCCUAACUUACAGGGAUCAGGGUCUUGUGCAUUUGAUGUAGGCUUUAUUUCUAAUUUUGGGUCUAGCAGAAGUUGGUGUCGCAAAUUUUGCUCCGAGUUUGCUUGUAUUUCUAGUGUCUUGAGAAUGGUUGAAGAACUCUGUUAUUUUGGAUCUAAAGCCUCUUUUUUUUCUGUUUGGUUUUAUCAUCUGUGUGGGGUGGGUGGUUAUGUAGAGUUCAAAUGCUGGAAAAAUAUACUGGGCUUGGCUUCAUUGUCACCCGCUUGAACUAUGAUUCAUAUUCGAAUCUGUCAUGUUUAGUCUAUAUUCCCGUCCA